CAACAUGGCUGCCCUCAGCUCUCCACUCCGGAUAUGUCGGAGCAUUUUAAAAGAGCUCAGAUAUCUAAAAGGCCCCGAGUAUAAAGGCACAAUGAUGUACAGUUAUGUACUGGAACAAUUCCGGAAAAACCAGGUGACCAGUGAGCGUUACUGCCGUGCUCAGAGGGAGGCGGUCCACAUGUCUCACACAUACCAGUGUUUGUUGGAGUCAACACGGCAUCAUCUAGAGCUGCAUAAUCAUUACCACGGGAAAGGAGAGCGCUCUACACAGGAAGCGGCCAGUCUUGUAGGAUUGCGCUUACCCACACAGCCUGGUGGUAAGGGCUGGGAGGACUGAGAGACUGAGUAAAAGAGGGAGAGCAGGUGGAGGUCUGGCUGUCUAUCAGAGACUUCCUCUAAAUGUAGUGUGUUCAUUCUCACUGUAUGUGUGUGUACCAAUCUGUAAACAUUUUGUCUUCAAGUAAUAAAGUUUAUUCUGA